CCGGCCGGUGGGUGGCGAGCGCGGUCCGCACGCGCCCCCUACUACCCCCGUUGCCCGUCCGGUCCGACCCCCCGUAGGUCGCAGGCACAAAAGCGACCUGGCCCUUAACGGCAAUUCAGCCUCGACGCCGGAUCCGCGCUUCCCGACUCGCCGCUACGUCACCCGAUUGGGGCUGGCCCUGGCCACGGGCACCCGCCGAGGCAUUUAUAAGUACGAGCGCCCGGGUGAGCCAGAGCCCCACACACCGUCUUCCUCUGUUUUGCCAGGGCCAACGCCAUUACUAGAAGUCUAGAAGAGAGGUGGGGAGGCAGAGACGAGAGGCGUAGGGAAUUCGGGGGAGAGAGAGAGAGGCAGGGCGGUGACGAGCUUGGACUGGCGAUCGCGGGAGCGAUGACGACGGCGGCCGGCAUGCCGGGGUCGCCGGUGGGCUCGGCCGCGGCGGCUGGCGGUCCCGCGGCGCCCGAGGUGGCGGCCAUGGACGCGGUGAUCGGGUGGUUCCGCGGCGAGUUCGCGGCCGCGAACGCGAUGAUCGACGCGCUGUGCGGACACCUGGCGCAGAUCGGCGGCGGCGGCGGGGCCGAGUACGACCCCGUCUUCGCCGCGCUCCACCGCCGACGCGCCAACUGGUUCCCCGUCCUCCACAUGCAGAAGUUCUACCCCGUCACGGACGUCAACGCCGAGCUGCGCCGCGUCGCGGCCGCCCGCGCCGCCGCGGGGCCCUGCUGCUACUCGGAGGAGGAGGUCGCGUCCACGGUGAUCCACGAUCCCAUGGAAGACCUCCCCUCUGAGGCGGAGCCCGAACCCAGGCCGGAGCACCAGCAGGAUCCUAUACACCAGGAUCCGGCUCCGGAGGCCGAGGAGGCUGACGGCACCGUCAUCAACCCCGCCUUGGAGUGUCACGAGGAGGCGGACGCGGGGGCUGACUCCUCGGGAGAUUCGUCGGAGCGGAAGGCCCCCUCUACGGAAGACGACACCGUCCCAGACGGACAUCAUACUGAUCAAGGAUCUCAAGGGGAACACAUCCUACCAGAGAGCUAUCCCAUCUGCUCUGACCACGAGGAGUGCAUUGCCCGUCCUGAGAGGAUCAAGAUCCAGAAAGGUUUCGUGGCCAAGGAAUCCGUGAAGGGGCACAUGGUUAAUGUCGUGAAAGGCUUGAAGAUAUAUGAAGAUGUUUUUACAACAUCGGAGAUCAUGAAGGUUGCAGAUUUCAUCAAUGAAAUUCGUCAGGCUGGCAGAAAUGGAGAACUUUCAGGUGAGACUUUCAUAUUCUUCAACAAGCAGAUGAAAGGAAACAAGAGGGAGAUCAUACAGCUUGGUGUCCCGUUAUUUCAACCUACCACAGAGGAAGCUAAUUGUCACACAGAACCAAUCCCCCUUGUCCUGCAGGCUGUCAUUGACCACCUUGUUCUUUGGCGUUUAAUACCAGAAAGCAGGAAACCAAACAGUGUCAUCAUCAACUUCUUCGAUGAGGAUGAACAUUCGCAGCCCUACUUCAAGCCUCCCCAUCUGGACAACCCCAUUUGCACUCUUCUGCUGUCUGAAACUACGAUGGCAUUUGGCAGGUCACUUGUCACUGACAGCAACGGCAACUACAAGGGACCUCUCACACUCUCACUAAAGCAAGGGUCCCUAUUGGUGAUGCGUGGGAACAGUGCCGACAUGGCGCGCCACGUGGUGUGCACGUCGUCCAACCGGCGCGUGAGCAUCACGUUUGCAAGGGUGAGGCCAUCGACGCCGGUGGAUCUGAGCCCACUCCCGUCCCCCACCAAGGCCUUGACGCCCUGGCAGCCGCAGCCAGCCACGGCCUCCCAGGUGCCGGCGCCCGCGUGCAUGACGCAGAAGCCCCCGGUCAGCGGCGCCAUCAUCGGUUAUGCCCCGACCCCGCAGACCGUGCUGGCGCCCGCGGCCUGGGGCAUGGCCAUGCGAGCGCCCGUCAUGAUGGUGGCCGCAGCGCCUGCGAGGCCCAUGGUGAUGGCCUCGUUGGGCACCGGAGGCGGCAACAUCAGCAAGUGGAUGAGCCGCAGCGGCACCGGUGUGUUCCUGCCGUGGACGGUCGGGCCGAAGCGGUACAACAAGCACCUUCCGCCGCGCAUCCAGAAGCGCCGGUUCUCUGCGAUGAUGUCGCCCAUCGAGGCGCAGGGCUGAGGACCUGCCCGACUUCACGUCGCCGUCGAACCUGUGUUUUUUUUUUUUCCUUGAGGGCUUUCGGUCCGCCUGUAAUUUAGCCGGGUUUGUGACUUGUGACAAUGUGAGUGAGUAGCGGUUUAGCGGAGUUCAGAACCGGUAGAGGAGUACGAGCGUAGGGAUAGGUGAAGGCAGAAUCAGGGCAGGGUUUUCCUUUUGUUUUCAUCCUGUCCCCCUAUUUUCCGUUCCGAGUAAAACUUAUGGAUGUUGUUGUCAUACAUGCAUCAGCAGCUGAGUUUGGAUUC